AUGCUCAAGCUGCUACGAUGUACAUGCUGGCUACGAGCACCAGAUGUCCUCCUCAUACGAUGCUCAAGAUCAAGCUCGAGCUUAGCUGCCCUGUCCGAAGAGCACCGACUAAUCAUCAGAGCAGCCGAAGCGACGCUGUCUGCAGCCAAGCAAGAGACAAAUGACAUAGAGAGAGCCAAAGCCAUCAAAGCCACCGAGUCACUCUCCGAUGCUCUCGCUCGCUUACAUACUCAGCAAUCCACUCUGCAUAGUCUGAUCGAGAUGGCUAGAGGCGACCCAGACGAGACAAUGCGUGAACUGGCCGAGUUGGACGUCCAAGCUGAACAAGCCAAGAUGGACAGCCAAAUCUCGAGAGUCAAGGACCUCGUCCUACCUCGAGAUGAGAUCGAUCAUUCUGGUGCGCUCGUAGAAGUCAAGGCAGCGGUGGGAGGCAAUGAAGCUGGGUUAUUCGCUGGCGAUUUACUGAGGAUGUACGCACGAUUCGGACUGCGGCAUCAGUGGCCUACAACGAUGGUCGAAUCGACAACGCUUCAGGGUCUAGAUGAGGCAUACAGGGAAGCGAUACUGGAAGUACGCGGCCAGGGAGCUUAUGGCGUCCUACGUAACGAAGCUGGCGUGCAUCGGGUUCAACGGGUACCCAGUACAGACAGCGCGGGAAGAGUCCACACGUCCACUGUUGCCGUCAUCGUCCUACCUCUCGUCGAAGAGGGAUCAAGCUCUUUGGAUAAUAUACUCGAUGAGAAGGAUGUCAGAAUGGAAGUCACAAGGUCAAGAGGUGCGGGCGGCCAGCACGUCAACAAGACAGAAUCGGCUGUCAAGCUCACCCAUCUGCCAACGGGCAUCACUGUCUCUAUGCAAGAGGACAGAUCGCAACACAAGAACCGAUCAAAGGCGUUUCGAGUGCUAAGAGCAAAGCUACUGGAUCGGCAGAUCCUGCUUGACCAGGAGCAGAGGCGAUCUGUUCGACGCGGUCAGGUCAAGAGUAGCGAUCGCAGCGAGAAAGUGCGAACGUACAAUUUUGCUCAGUCUCGCGUAACGGACCAUCGCAUUCCGCUCACGCUACCCGCCCUCGAUGACAUUCUCGAAGGUGGCGAGAUGCUCGAUCAUCUCAGUGCACGUCUCAGAGAGCUAGACGAGCUAGAGAAACUGGCUUCUAUCGUCGAAGAUGCAGGUGCAUAG